GUUUGGGCGUGUUUACUCCGGUGUUAAGCUUGGUAGGAGUUGAUAGUUGCACUGUGAAGGGAAAAGUCGCAAAAAAAGUAAAAAUCACGCUACAUAUUUUGCUUUGAACAAAGAAAUGGCGCUACAAGGUACCGGGAGAUUGUUGAAGAGUUUAACAGUGAGUCAUGGUUCAAAAAUAUCAGCCAUGUGUUCACAGACAAGAUUGUACUCUGGUUCACCUAAAAGGAAGACCACUCAGCUGAAAGAAAUGCUGAAUUCAAAUGAAUUGGAAUUUAUUAUGGAGGCACAUAAUGGUCUCAGUGCCAGGAUAGUUGAGGAGGCAGGAUUUAAAGGUAUCUGGGGAAGUGGGUUAUCUGUGUCUGCACAGCUCGGUGUCCGUGACAGUAAUGAGGCAUCUUGGACACAAGUCGUAGAGGUCAUGGAGUUCAUGAGUGAUGCAACAAAUGUACCAAUCCUGAUGGAUGCUGACACUGGCUAUGGAAAUUUCAAUAAUGCACGGAGAUUGGUCCGUAAAUUAGAAGACCGUGGCGUUGCUGGAGCCUGUAUAGAAGACAAGCUAUUUCCUAAGACAAACUCACUCCAUGAUGGAAGGGCACAGCCUCUAGCUGAUAUUGAAGAGUUCUGUUUAAAGAUCAAGGCCUGUAAAGACACACAGACAGACCCUGACUUUUGUAUCGUGGCUCGUGUUGAAGCGUUCAUUGCUGGAUGGGGGCUUGAUGAAGCCCUGAUGCGGGCUGAGGCAUAUAGAAAGGCUGGAGCUGACGCAAUUUUGAUGCACAGUAAAAAGUCAGAUCCAUCCGAUAUUGAAGCAUUUAUGAAGGCUUGGAACAAUCAGGGCCCAGUGGUAAUAGUACCAACAAAGUACUACACAACUCCAACACAGAAGUUCAGAGAUAUGGGCGUUUCCAUGGUGAUAUGGGCCAACCAUAACUUGAGGGCAGCAGUAUCAGCCAUGCAACAGACAACAGCUCAGAUCUAUAAAGAUCAGUCCCUGGAAAAUGUGGAGAAAAAGAUUGUGACAGUGAAGGAAGUGUUCCGACUCCAACAGGAUGACGAAUUGGUGCAGGCAGAAAACAAGUACCUCCCACAGAAGUGAAAGCCAUGCCCACUUCUGACCACAUCAUCUACAGAUCACAUCCACUUCAAAUUUAGGUCACACCAACUUACCCAUAAGACCACACCCACCUACCACUAAGACCACACCUACCUACCGGUGAGACCACACCCACAUACCAGUAAGACCACACCUACCUAUCGGUGAGACCACACCCACAUACCAGUAAGACCACACCUACAUACCAGUAAAACCACACCUACAUACCAGAGAGACCACACCCACAUACCAGUGAGACCACACCUACAUACCAGUGAGACCACACCUACCUUCCAAUGAGACAGCAUCUACCUACCAGUAAGGCCACACCAAAUUUCUAUUGAUCCUACACCUACUUCAUAUCACAACCAAUUUAGAUUACAUAUUCUUCAUUUGAAAUCAUUACUUUUGCUGUUUAGUUUUAUAUUUUGUUCUUUAAGUAAAAUGUCACAAAACUUUUUUGAUCUGCCCAUGUUCAAUAUAAAACUCUAUGUGUUUUGUUGAUAU